AGAGCACGUGCGGUUCGAGCGAGCAUUCGGGCUCAUGCCUCGGCGCCGGAUCGGAUAGGCGAGGUGGGGCGGGCCUUAUGACAGGUGGAGGCAUGGAGGCCCCUGCGGCGCGGCCGCGCCUGACUAACAAGACCCUCUUUGUGCUGGGGGCCAUGAACAUGAUCGACUGCAUCAAUGUCAACCUGCUCGCGCCGUACGUAGUCAGAAUGGUGUCGGAAUUCCUGGACACCGAGACCAACGAUCCCAGCGUUCAGCAGACAGUGGGGCUGCUGACUGGCCUGUACUCGCUGUGCGAGGUGGUGUUCUCCCCAUUCUGGGGUACCUUGUCUGACAGGAUAGGGCGCAAGCCUGCGCUGCUCAUCGGGCUUGGCGGAUCUUGUGUUGCCCCGAUCCUGUUCGGCCUGGGCACCAACCUCACCACCGUGUUCUUUGCUCGUGCGCUGGACGGCUUCUUCUGUGGGAACAUGGGGGUCACUAGGACGUAUUUGGGCGAGAUCGUAGACGAGACGAACGAGGCCCGCGGCUAUGGCUUUCUCGCGACGUGUUUCUCCUUCGGACUCUUCAUCGGGCCGGCGCUGGGCGGGGAGCUCGUGUACCCAGCGGAGAGAUUUCCUUCCGUGUUCCAGGGCACGAUCUUCGACACUUAUCUCCCCGCGCGAGAGGGGCCCAGCCUCGCCCGAAGUUUUUCUGCCUUUCCGCGCCUCCUGCCUCCUUCCCUCUCGGGGGGAUGAUCGCCAUGCCUUUCGUCAGCCCACCCCGUUGUUGUCGCCGUCGUCGCUCUCGCC